AUGUCUGGUCUCACAGAAGGCCAAGUUGCCUUCUUCCACGAGAAUGGCUACCUAGUCCUCCCAGACUACCUCACCCAAGACGAAAUCAACGCCGUCCUGACCGAAUCCAACAACCUCUUGAACAAUUUCGACCUAGACUCCCACCCCCUGACCCAAUUCACAACGGGCGACGAUGACACAACCGACCACGUAGGCGACGAUUAUUUCCUAGAAUCAGGCGACAAAAUCCGCUUCUUCUUCGAAACAGACGCCUUCAGCACAACCCCAGACCCAACCACCGGCCGCACAAGCCUCCUCAAGCCCAAAAACCUAGCCGUGAACAAGAUCGGCCACUCACUACACACCCUGUCCCCACCCUUCAAAUCCAUCUCCCUCAACUCCCGCAAUGCCGCAAUCGCCAAAUCCCUAGGCUUCAUCGACCCCCGCGUCCUGCAAAGCAUGCUCAUCUGCAAACAGCCCUCCAUCGGCGGCGCAGUACCCUCACACCAGGACUCAGAGUUCCUGUACACGGAUCCGCCUUCUGCUGUCGGGUGGUGGUAUGCGCUGCAGGAUGCUGGACCCGGGAACGGGACACUGGGUAUGAUUAAGGGAUCUCAUAAGGGUGCGAAGGGCGGGCAUAUUAAGAGGCGGUUUGUACGGAAGAACGGUGCUUCUGGGACGGAGUUUAUUGUGAAUGAGGGCCCUGCGCUCCCCAAGGGUAUGGAGGAGGAGAAGGUCUCUGAGCCUUCUGAGGAGGAUUUGGAGAUUUUGGAGGUCAAGGCUGGGUCUUUGGUGCUUAUUCAUGGAAAUGUGCUGCAUAAGAGUGAGAAGAAUACUAGUGAGCGCAGUCGGUAUGCGUACACUUUUCAUGUCAUUGAGGGGGCGGAGGGGUGGGAGUAUGAUGAGCGGAAUUGGUUGCAGCCGCCCGAGACUGGCUUUUCGAAGCUUUAUGAGUGA